GUGGAAACUGUAAAGGACACAAUGGUCAAUGUCAUGCAAGCAUCAAGCAUUCCCACCCAUUAUAAUCCCAAAGACGGCACUCAAUAGUCAUACGCACAAACCGUCCAAAAAGAAGCACAUGAUCCCAUGAUGGAAGAAACAGCAACCAUAUUGGCUGCAAUCUCCGCCCUCCCUCCUUCUCACCUCUCCGAUCUCACCCACUCCAUCGCCUCCGUCGUCCACCGCCACCAUCUCCGUCUCGCCUCCGUCUCUCUUUCCCAACCCCUCUUCUCCCUCGCCCUUCACUACCUCCACUCUCUCUCUUUCCCGAAGUCCCUCCUCAUUGCCCGCCACCUCCUGUCUUCCCUCCCAAUCCUCACGCGCCACUUCGAACCGCCGCCGCCUCCAUUAUCUACUGUCAUGAGACAGCGUGACCUCGACGCUGUCCUGCUGCUCCUCUUAUUCUGUGAUGCCCACCAGAACCACCCGCAAGCCCUCGAAGCGUCAGUUUGCGAUUGGCGCAGAAAUCUGAGCAAGCUCUUCUCUGAUAAAAUGUUGGGGAUAUCUCUACUCCUAUCGGGAUGCGGUGCCACGAUUUUGAUUCCCUAUAUUGAGAUGGUGACACGGUGUCGGAGACUGGUGGGUGCAAUGGGCUGCGACGGAGGAAAGGGUGGCGGGGAAGUGGCGGCGUCGAGGACGGCGGUGGUGGCGCUGCCGAGAGUGGCGGUGAGGGCGGGAGGAAGAGAGUGCGUGAUAUGCAAAGAGGAGAUGAGCGUGGGGAGGGAUGUGUGCGAACUGCCAUGUCAGCAUGUGUUUCACUGGAAUUGCAUAUUACCGUGGCUAAGUAAAAGGAAUACGUGUCCAUGCUGCCGGUUCCGCAUGCCGUCGGAUGAUGUGCUGGGAGAGAUCCAACGGCUGUGGGAGGUCUUGGUCAAAACGUGUGGGGCAGAGUGGGGCGAUUAGAGCGGGGCCCACAGAAUGGGUAAAGACUAAAGAGCGAAAGGCUCGUGUUGGGUUCUCGGUGGUUUGUUUUGAUAAUUAAUUUUGGAGGCUUAUGUGUACAGUGUAUGGAUAGAUAGAUACUCGUGUGGUUAAGGGGAGAGGAGAAGCACAAUUGAAAUACGUCCAAAUCGACGCCAGAUGGGCUCGAAUGGGCAUUGAAUUAUUGGUCCCUAGUAACGGAUAAUGUAUGUGGAUAUGUAUUGGAGGGUACGGGGCCGAACAAAACUGAAGAGCAAUUCACACUGUAGCUUUUACAAGGUGGUAGACUGGCAGGAGUGGCACGUUUUAGAGCUCACGUAUGUUCGGAUUUCUUUUUGUUGUGGCCAUAAUUAUGUUAGGAGUUAAUUUUGUAUUUAUGGCUGAUUUUCUACAAGUCACAGCUGGAUCCAGGUCUCAAAUUAAGAGCCUUGAAACAUACAUCUCUUGAAUGGACAAGGGAGACAAAGUCCUUGUUAUUGAUGAGGAGUUUGAGUCAUUUAGAUAUCGUCACACACAAAUUUCAGAAAAAGAUGUACCAGAAUGUUAAACCGAAUGUUUUCUUUUUUCAUUUGGCCAAA